AUUUAAACCAAGACACACACACAAGCUACAAAGUGCAUCAUCCUCCAUUACGAGUCUCCGGCUGUUUGUGGAAGCAACGCUCAUAACGAAAUGGCUCUCCGAGUGACAAGAAACCGCUUGGCCUCUAACAGGACCGACCUUGGUGGAAAGGCUUGCUCGGUGACUGGGCCUGGCCUGAAGCCUAGAGCUGCACUGGGCGAAAUCGGAAACAUUACAGCUAACAAAGAGCCACAGAAAAAGGCUGUCAAGACCGAGGCCACAAAGACAAAAGUUGCCACCAAAGUAGAAAAAGCAGUUGUUGAGGCACCAAAACCUAAAAAUGUUGUUCCUGUUAAACCCGAACCUGAGGUGCAGCUUGAACCUGCAUCCCCGACUCCCAUGGAGACAUCUGGCUGUGAGCCUGCAGACCUUUGUCAAGCCUUUUCAGAUGUCAUCCUUCACAACGCUAUCAGGGAUGUGGAUGCAGAUGACUAUGAGAACCCCAUGCUCUGCAGUGAAUAUGUGAAGGAUAUCUACACGUACCUCCGACAGCUUGAGGUGGAUCAGAAUGUCAGACCUACUUACUUGCAGGGUAAGGAGGUGACUGGAAACAUGCGGGCCAUUCUCAUUGACUGGCUUGUGCAAGUGAAUCUCAAAUUCCGUCUGCUGCAGGAAACUAUGUACAUGACUGUAGGAAUCAUUGACCGUUUUCUUCAGGACCACCCAGUCCCCAAGAAGCAGCUGCAGCUGGUUGGUGUGACUGCCAUGUUCCUUGCUUCCAAAUAUGAGGAGAUGUACCCACCAGAGAUUUCCGACUUCGCCUAUGUGACCGACCGUGCCUACACCACCGCCCAGAUCAGAGACAUGGAGAUGACAAUCCUGCGGGUGUUAAAGUUUAAACUGGGCCGCCCUCUUCCUCUUCAGUUCCUCAGAAGGGCUUCAAAGAUUUAUGAGGUAACUGCUGAGCAACACACCCUGGCUAAAUACCUCCUAGAGCUCACCAUGGUUGACUACGAGAUGGUUCACUUCCCACCUUCCAUGGUUGCAAGUGCUUCUCUGGCUCUUACCCUGAAGAUCUUGGAUGCUGGUGAAUGGGAUGUGACACUGCAGCACUACAUGGACUACACGGCAGAGAGUUUAAUUCCUGUGAUGGCACACAUCGCCAAAAAUGUUGUCAAAGUGAAUGAUGGUCUGACCAAACAUAUGGCUAUCAAAGGAAAGUAUUCAACCUCCAAGCAGAUGCGGAUCGCAGCACUCGCCCAGCUCAAGUCUUCACUGGUAAAGGAUCUUGCAAAGCAAGUCACCCAGUGAGAUGACUGUCAAGCACCAUGUGCUCAUUUGUACAGUUGUAACUUAAACUUUUAACCAGACUGAGGGGUUGGCAAACUGAAGACCAUAUGGUUUGCAUGUUUUACUACCUGACUAUUUUAGAAAGCAUGCCACAAGAUUUAAUUUCCAAUCGAAGAGCUGGCAUUGGAGACCUCAUGGGCCACGCAAAUGUGCAGCCAAGGCUUAAAAAAACUGACUUGCUCAUCAGUGAUAAGCAUGUCACCUUAUUGUGCACAAAACUCGGCUAUCUAACUGUUGUAAUGCAAAUAAUGUGUCAAUUAAUGCACUACUUACUUUGGCCAAGUGGCAUCUUUAAAGUGAGCCUUGAAUACAAUACUUGUGCCCCUAUAACCAUGUCUUUUGUAGCCGAAGUGCCCACUUUCUUAAACCGUAUGGCCCGCUUUCAAAAAUAGUCAGUAUUGUGUUGGGUCCAUUGGACAAAUGUGCCCCCAAUCUCUUUUAAAUUUCAGAUGUUUCUUAAUGUGUGUAUGGCAGUGACUGUGUAAAAUGUACAGCAAUACUUUCUUUUUAAAUGAUUUUAUGUUCUUCCAUGUGAUGUUUUAAAGCUAAUUAAAUGGUUCAUACCAGA